GGAAGUAGAACCUCCCAAGAGAGAGAGUCGCAAAAAUGAAUUCUAUUUCUAAUCAUCGAGCACGAGCAGAAGUGUACUACGCGCUCACGGCUGCUCUCGCACGCCGUGGAUGGAUGGAGAAUUGGUUUGCCGAGAAAGUCAUGGCUGGAAUUGAUCCUCAUCUUCGUCUUGGCAGACUUAUUCCCGAGAAAACGACUCCGAGGCCUAGCAGCAUGCUCAUUACAAAAUUACACAACUUCAAAUGGAAACGGGACGGCGAGCCAUGCACUGUUACCACGACAGGGCAGUAGGCGUGGUUUUUGAAGCAAGAAAAUUUAGGAACAUGUGUUGCUGUUGGCUGGUUCGGGGAAGAUCUAGUAGAGCCAGCAGCACAUGGCUGGUUCGGAGUUCCAGAUAAUUCGGGGAAGAUCCAGUCGAGCCAGAGACUGAAUUUUCAUCUUACACUUGUAUAACGGACCUUCCUCUAACAAAACACCCGGCCAGAAGGACAAGGAGGCGGGAAAACGCAAGAGGACUCCAGCGAGGCGUUUGUCGAAAGAAGAAACUGAGAAACAGUCCCCACUCAGUCUCCGUCUGUGUGACGGUGGAAGAGAACUUGGCUCAUGGAUAGCAUUUCGGCUGC